CUUUUCUUCUCAAUAUAUUUCUCUAUCAACAUUCCCUUUUUUUUCAUUUAAAAAUUCUAAUUAGUUCUUAAAAUUUGUAAUUAAGAAAAAAAAAUGGCUGGUGGUGGAUUUGAUGAUAAAAGUAGAGGAGCAAGAGCUCAUCUUUAUGAAUAUAAAAUUACUAGUUAUUUUGUUUGUUCAUGUAUUGUUGCUGCCAUUGGAGGUUCUCUAUUUGGUUAUGAUCUUGGCAUCUCUGGUGGUGUGACUUCAAUGGAUGAUUUCUUAAAAAUAUUUUUCCCAGAAGUGUACAAAAGGAAACAAGAACAUCUAAAAGAAACAGAUUAUUGCAAAUAUGACAAUCAAAUACUUACAUUAUUCACAUCAUCUUUAUAUUUUGCUGCACUAAUUUCAGCAUUUGGUGCAUCACAUAUUACUAGAAAAAAAGGUAGAAAAGCAAGUAUUUUAUGUGGUGCUAUUAGUUUCUUUGUGGGAGCUGUUCUUAACGCUGCUGCGACAAACAUCGCUAUGCUCAUCAUUGGUAGAUGUCUUCUCGGCUUUGGCAUCGGCUUUAGUAAUCAGGCAGUUCCAUUAUAUCUAUCAGAAAUGGCACCAGCAAAAGUAAGAGGAGCAGUUAACCAAUUGUUUCAACUCUCAACUUGUUUGGGAGUAUUAAUAGCCAAUUUUGUUAACUAUGGAACUGCUAAAAUUCAUCCAUGGGGUUGGAGAUUAUCACUUGGAAUAGCAACAAUUCCUGCUCUUUUCAUGUUUAUUGGUGGUCUUUUCCUCCCCGAAACGCCUAAUAGCCUCGUAGAACAAGGCAAAUUAGAGCAAGCAAGACAAGUUUUGGAAAAAGUUAGAGGCACAACAAGAGUUGAUGCAGAAUUUGCUGAUCUUGUUGAUGCAAGCAAUGCAGCAAGAGCUAUAAAACAUCCAUUUCGAAACUUACUUUCAAGAAAAAAUAGGCCACAGUUAGUGAUCGGAGCGUUAGCUAUUCCAGCAUUUCAACAACUCAGUGGAAUGAACUCUAUUCUGUUUUAUUCCCCUGUUAUCUUCCAGAGUUUAGGAUUUGGCUCUGGUGCUGCUCUGUAUUCAUCUGCUAUCACCGGUGGAGCGCUUGUCGUGGCUGCAUUAAUCUCUAUGACAUUCGUUGACAAGUUUGGUAGAAGAGCUUUUUUCUUGGAAGCUGGUGUUGAGAUGAUAUGUGUCAUGGUAGCGGUAGCUAUCACUCUGGCAUUGGAGUUUGGACAAGGUGUAAUACUCCCAAAAGGAAUUGGGAUAUUCCUAGUGAUUAUAAUUUGCAUAUUUGUUCUUGCUUAUGGAAGAUCAUGGGGUCCUUUAGGUUGGUUAGUUCCAAGUGAAAUUUUCCCUCUAGAAACAAGAUCAGCAGGACAAAGUAUGGUUGUUUGUGUUAACAUGAUAUUCACAAGCCUAAUCGCGCAAUGUUUCUUGGUUUCAUUGUGUCACCUUAGAUACGGCGUAUUCUUGUUAUUUGCUGGAUUUAUUAUAAUCAUGACUUGCUUCAUAUACUUUUUGUUGCCUGAGACUAAGCAAGUUCCAAUUGAAGAGAUUUAUUUGCUGUGGGAAAAACAUUGGUUUUGGAAAAGGUAUUGCUCAUCAGAGGAAAAUGGAAUUGAAUUGAAGAAUGGAGAUCUUAAAGUUUAAUGUAUUCUUAGGAAAUGAAAACUAUUGUAGAAUUUUUAUUUUGUUUGUUGCAUCUUUUUUACAACUAUAUGUAUGCACUUUGGAUACUUUUAUCUUUCUCUUCUGAUUCCUAUCGAGUUGCUCAAAAGUGAAUUGACAUAAUUUAGGUAGCAGAAAUUGAAGUGGAAUAGUCGAGUUGCAUAUAAGUUGAUCCUGA